GGCGCCGGGCCAUCAGGCCUCGCCGUCUCCGCCUGCCUCACCACCAAACACAUCCCCGUUCUCAUCCUCGAUCGAGAUGACUCGACCGCUCCGCUAUGGCGAUAUCGUACCUACGAUCGCCUCCACCUUCAUCUCCCCAAGCAGUACUGCCAACUCCCUCUCCUACCAUACCCGACCUCAUCCCCCACCUUCCUCCCCUGCGCCGACUUCAUCCGCUACCUCGAUGACUAUGUCGCCACGUUUGGGCUGAAAAAGCAUCUCAAACUCCGCCGGCGAGUCGACUCAGCCAAGUUCGACUCGACCGCCGCGCGGUGGCGAGUUUCGGCGGCGAACCUUGAGAGUGGGAAGGUGGAGGAAUACGAGGCUCGGUUCUUGGUGGUGGCAACAGGGGAGAAUGAUGAGCCCGUGUUACCG